UAAARCAUUUUAAUACUCUUGGUGGGAGCGAAACCUUAGACUAGAAACGGAAAUCRUCCACGAUCUCAUCUGAAAUACAACUGCCGUUAAAUGUUACUCUCAGGCGUYAUUGAAGCGGAGCAAARAUAACUCGACUACAUUAACGUGGGACGUACGAGGAAAUUAGGACACGCCACUUUGGCUUGGUGUCGUCUGUGAUCGUUGCCUUAUUUUGAUCUAGCGGAUAUUCCCUAAAUCUUUGAAAUUGUUUAGUGCGCUACGUCUCUAUAAAUCGCUCUGACAUUUGGUAGUUGAACUAUGGCAAGCAACAAAAACAUGACGAUCACAAACCAAGUUGUGAAGGAAGGGUUGAUUCAUAAAAAGAGCACCUUACUGAAACAAUGGAGGCAGAGAUUUCUAGUGCUCAAUCGCGAAACCUUGUGCGUGUUCAAGAAAGAAAGAGACCAAAAAAAGGGCCGUACAGCUAAGGAACGAAUAUUCCUGAUAGAUAUUACAUCGUUCGAAAAAUAUACGUCUAAGAAGAGAAAAUUUUGCAUGAGUAUUUUAGCAGAUGGAAGGAGCUAUCAUUUCAGUUGUGCUUCUGAAAUUGAUAGAGAAUUGUGGAUGCGUGCKAUUACGACGGCUCAAAAUCAAGAGAAAGAGCUAGAGGAAAAUGAUCCUAUACGAAUGAAAAGUAUGAAACUAACUGGGGGACUUAAGAGAAUCACGAUUGAAAGGCAAAAAGGUAUGGGAUUAGGAUGUACUAUCAAAAAUGUCGGUGGAGUAAUCUUCGUUAAUCGAAUUUUAGAGCAAGGAACUGUCUCGAGCAGCGGAGUACUUCGUCCAGGUGACCAGUUGGUCGAUAUCAAUGGGAUCGAACUGACUGGAAGAAGCGUAGCUGAAAUUAGUGAAAUCAUCCGCUCAAGCCCUGAGCAAGUCGUCUGUACAGUCAAGCUCGCUACCGACUUCCGGGUGGUAGAUACCCAUGUURCACCGCGCACCGACUACGCUGAAAUCGACAUUUCGUCUCUCAAACCACGUGACGACAGCGAAUCCUCAGAAAGCGAAGAAUCUGUCCAUGAAGACGGACACAGCUCUGCAGAAAACGUCAAUGGMAACCCAGAAACUACAGAAGACGACAAGAUUACAGCUAAGCCACCUGUGAAAUAUGAAGAACCGGAGUACGAUGACGUCAUCCCUGGYAAUCUUCAAAAAAGACACUCUUCCCCCUUACGUCACAGCCCUGAAGAAUCCGCGAACACCCCGAACCAGCCAAAAAAUGAAGAAGGGAACUUGAAUUAUUUAGAACUUAAUUUUCCCUUGUACGACAGACCUCGCUUGAAAAGCGAGCCAAUAAAUAUGCCGACGACAGAAAACAAGAAACCCGUUGCUCCUAUCGCUGCCUAUGCAUACAUAGAACUAGACUUUAAAGACAAACCGCAAGCCGACGAAUUUACGAAGCUGAAUGUCGAGAGUGUCAAUGAAUAACAGAGAAAAAUGUGUGCAAGGAAAAUUAUUCAUACUCACGUAAAACCAGGUUAAAUUAGUUUAUUAAGAAAAAUAUUUGAAUGAAAACUAAUACGAUGCUAUGAAUCGCGAUUUGUCUCGUAUUUCAUAAAUAAGAAGUGAUUAUAUUUGAUUAAGUAGAAAUGCUUUGGGUGAUUUGUAAGAUUGAUAUAUGAUGAUAAUAUGUUUGAUUGAUGUGUUUUCGUGCUGCCCUGGUUGUUAGCGAAUGAUUAAUUUGCUGUUCGAGAUUUUUUUCUUCUUUUUUUGCGUGAAAAUGCAUUUAUGUUGGUUGAAUACACAAAGCUGUUUCCGUGUUUGUCUUGCUUAUCAAUCAACAUGUUAGCUAUGGCUGUUGGAAGUGGAUGCCAAACCCUCCUAAAGAAUAUGGUUUGUCCAAAGGACGAAUUGUUCUAUUUCUUUCCGCUGGGGCCCAUCAUGUGACAAUAUUCGUAAGCUUAUUCGUAAACUUCGUAAUACAUUCACAAUUUCUUUUUUAGCAGGCUCACMCAAGCGAUGUUGCGUGAUUUUGUUGCAACAUGUGUCACCCCGGUUCAAAUUUGUUGCGUGCAAUGUUGCACCGUGUGUCCGCACCUUAAAAAACGGUCGCGGUGAUUUGAAACUCGUUCGAAAUGACAUUUCUAAAAUACUUAUUCAACUAUACUAUAUUUAACUACCUUUUAAUGGCUUAAUUUUUACUACGGAAAACUGCUUUCCCUACAGCUAUACUAGCGAGCUAGAGUUCACAAAAUGCUCUCUAGGUAAUGGCUCGCGCCGUUUACCUUAACAAAGUUGGCUCAAAACUGAGUAAGCAAAUCGUACAUAAAAAGAUACCCGUUUGUAGAUUUCUGACAACGAAGUAUCAACUUAUMAACUAUAUAAAACUAAUAAAACGCGUCGUAAUAAAAAGAACCACAAGAGUACAAAUACA